AUGAGUAUUGAACAUUUGAACGAUAACAGACCGUGGUGCGGCCACGAGGCUGUGCAGUGCGUACGAAUGGAAGUGCACAACUUUACUUCGGGACACCAACUCAUUACAGUGUCGCCAAUGGUAAUCCCGAGAACCGACAACGUCACAUCGAUCGCCGGAAACGGCAUGCGAUCCGGCAACGUCGUGGCCAACCGUGCAAGAGAGAGACAGACUAUAUUAUACACUUGA